AGAGAGAGAGAGAGAGAGAGAGAGAAGAGAAGUGCAGCAGAAGCAGGAAGGUCGUUCAGGAAGAAAGAAACCCAUACACAGCUUGAAGCUAAAUGAAGACAGCAGGAAAGGGGCAGAAAACAUGCAUCAUCCCAGUAUGACCUGUAGAGGGCGACACACUUCUGUCUAACUGAGGUCUGCAGCUGACCACACACAUACAGACCGAUAGAAGAGAGGAAAUGAAGAGACAGAUGGAUGAACAGAGGAGAGAGACUCAUGGCGGAGUCUGGAUGCCGGACGCUUGUUUCUAAAGUACGGAAGUACACACUUUAUCAGUAUGUGCUUUCCCUGGGAAUCCAACCCAUGAUCCUGGAGUAACCAAAUCCACACACACGCACGCACGAACACACCUGUGGACACACACACUCACACACCAACGCCCGUGGACACACACACACAUGAACACACAUCUGUAGCGACACACACACACACUCCUGUGGACACACACACACGUCUGUAGGGACACACGCACAAACUCACAAACACACCUGUGGAUACACACACACACCAGUGAAGACACACACUCACACACCUGUGGAUACACAUACACACACCUGUGGAGACACACAAACACACACACCUGUGGACACACACUCACGAACACACCUGUGGACACACACACACGUCUGUAGGGACACACGCACAAACUCACAAACACACCUGUAGAUACACACACACACCAGUGAAGACACACACUCACACACCUGUGGAUACACAUACACACACCUGUGGAGACACACAAACACACACACCUGUGGACACACACUCACGAACACACCUGUGGACACACACACACGUCUGUAGGGACACACGCACAAACUCACAAACACACCUGUAGAUACACACACACACCAGUGAAGACACACACUCACACACCUGUGGAUACACAUACACACACACCUGUGGAGACACACAAACACACACACCUGUGGACACACACACACGUUUGUAGGGACACACGCACAAACUCACAAACACACCUGUGGAUACACACAAACACCAGUGAAGACACACACUCACACACCUGUGGAUACACAAACACACACACCUGUGGAGACACACACGCUCACACCUGUGGAGACACACGCUCACACACACCAGUGGACACACACACACGCUCACACCUGUGGAGACACACAAACACACACACCAGUGGACACACACUCACGAACACACCUGUGGACACACACAUUCACAUACACACCUGGGGACACACACAAACACAUCUGUGGACACACACUCUCAAACACAUACUCACGAACACACCUGUGGACACACACAAACACACACAUUCACAUACACGCCUGGGGGGACACACAAACACAUCUGUGGACACACACUCACGAACACACACCUGUGGACACACACUUACGAACACACCUGUGGACACACACUCACAAACACACCUGUGGACACACACUCACAAACACACACAUACACACCUGGGGACACACACAAACACAUCUGUGGACACACACUCUCAAACACACACCUGUGGACACACACUCACGAACACACCUGUGGACACACACUCACGAACACACCUGUGGAUAAACACACUCACACACCUGUGGACACACGCUCACUCACACACCUGGGGACACACACAAACACAUCUGUGGACACACACUCACAAAAACACACCUGUGGACACACACAAACACACACCUGUGGACACACACUCACGAAAACACACCUGGGGACACACACAAACACAUGUGAACACACACACCUGUGGUCAGACAAGCACACACUGCAUUUUGUGUGUGCGCAAGUCCACAGAAUGACAUCACAGGUGGCACUAGCCGUGACUCUCUCUGUUCUGAUUCUCCUCACCAUCUGUGGAAAUAUCUUGGUUUGUCUGGCCGUGUAUGUGACCAGACGUUUGCGUAACGUCACAAACUGCUUCAUCGUGUCGCUCGCAGUUACAGACUUUCUACUGGGUGCACUGGUACUCCCGUUCUCCACCCUCUACCAGGUGACGGGUGACUGGCCGCUGGGCCCACACUUCUGCAACAUUUAUGUCUCUCUGGACGUCAUGCUGUGCACCGCCUCCAUACUCAAUCUCUUCGCCAUUAGCCUGGACCGCUACUUCGCGGUCACCUCCCCUCUACGCUACCCAAUGCUGGUGCUCCCGUGGCGCGUCGCGGCCGUUUUAGCGGCCAUCUGGUUAGUUUCAGUGGGCGUGUCCUUUGUGCCCAUUCACCUGGGCUGGAAUACGAGGGACUUGAGCGUGCAAAAUAUACGAGAGGGCGACCCUGCACGAGACUGCCGUUUCGAGCUCAACCCGACGUACGCCGUGGUCGACGCCUUCGCUACGUUUUAUCUCCCCCUAGUGGCCAUGUGCUGGAGUUACUACAGAGUGUUUCGCAUUGCGAGGGCGCAGGCGAAACGAAUCAUCUCGACUCGACGCGGGCUGAAAACGGGCGUGACGAUGUUAGCCCUGCGCGAGCACAAAGCCACUGUGACCCUGGCGGUAGUGCUCGGUGCUUUUGUCGUGUGCUGGUUCCCGUAUUUUACAUUUUUUACCAUCAUGGGCAUACGGAAAGAGGAGAACCCGCCACGGACGGCGCAGUCAGUGGUGCUUUGGUUAGGAUACGCAAACUCAGCGUUAAACCCCAUGCUGUACGCCACACUCAACAGAGACUUCAGGUCGGCCUACGGCAAGCUGCUGUGUGGAGGACGAAGCUGUAAAAUCGGGACCAAAACUAUUGUGACUACUAUGGAAGAGGGGCUGAUGAGUAGACACGCCCAUUCUUCGAACAGGGUGGGGCUUCUGCCUAGAACCUGCGUGCUGCUGCAGGAGAUUGACAACGGACAGACGGUAGACAACGGUACGAGCGCCUCUACGGUCACCCUCGUAGCCAACGGCAAUAAAAGUGGACCAUAACAUCUACAUUAAGCUUAUCACCACGGCUACCUCAAAAAUGCUUCUAUAGGUGAACAUUCAUUGCAAAAAGAUCAAUGGACAUAGCCUACAGGUAAAGGAGAGAGCCUACAUGUAGCCUUUUCGUGAACAACUCGAUUCUUACACAGACGUUCUGCAACCGGGACGCUUCAAAACCUCAGUCCAGGAUUCAGUGGCCAG